CGCAAGGGCUUGCAUAAAACAAAAUGAAAGCCUUUCUUUUUGUAUCAUUCAUGCGCGUCUAAUUAUUUGUCGUACCUUUUAUUUUUAUCUCUUUAUUCGACAAACGAUUUCGUCGUUCGCCAGUUUCUAACAUUUAUCACAAGUGGUACGCGUUGCAACAGAGAUGAGUCUGCAUACAAAGAACUUGCUGAAGGCCCUAUCACCGGAGACCGUCAGAAGUGUGGUGAGAAAUGAAUUACAGACGUAUGACGCCGACAAAACUGGGAGAACGGAUUACGCUCUUGAAAGCUCAGGCGGUGCUAUUCUUUCGACACGAGACACUGAACCUUACUCGACCGGUGCACCUGUGCUCAAUCUGUUCGGCAUACCCCUUUGUCAACAGCAGAACACGCCCCGAGCUGUGAUACAGACCGGCGUUUUACCGGGCGAAUGCUGGGCCUUCAAGGGCAAUAGCGGCAGCGUGGUGAUUCGAUUACUCGGCCAUGUGCACGUGUCUGGAGUUAGCUUGGAACACAUCUCUUCAUUGAUAUCUCCGACUGGCGAGACUGCUACGGCACCAAAAGAUUUUUCCAUUUGGGGUUUAACAAGUCUCGAUGAUGAGAAGCCUUUCUUAUUCGGCAGUUUUAUAUAUGACAAUACUGGUUCGCCGUUGCAGUAUUUUGAAGUCCAGAAUCGAGCGAAAGAAGCGUACGAGAUAAUCGAGCUGAAAGUCCAUUCUAACAGUGGUAAUCCGGAAUACACAUGUAUCUAUAGAAUACGGGUGCACGGUACACUUAGUGAGAUAUGAAUGUCCGUACCAGAUUCUCGCGGAUUGAUUGGAUAUGCCGAAACAGGCUGCCGCUUAAAUGUCAAAGGAUAUUGUUUGUUGCAAUAUUGAUUAGAUACUA